AUGGUAUCCAGCGCCACCGUGAGUGCUGGGCUGGAGCCCCUGUGCCGCAUUAUUACCCCCAUUGGCAUGCUAGGGUACGGCUUUGACGAAGCUGAAAUUCAAGAUGCUCUGGAAUCUUCAGUUCAGAGCGGCAUACCUACCGCAAUUAUCUUGGAUUCUGGUUCUACUGACUCUGGGCCAGCCAAGUUAGCUCUUGGAACUAUGACUUGUCCCCGUGCAUCUUACGAAAGAGAUUUGCGAAAGCUCAUCACCAUUAUUAAGAAAUAUCGCUUUCCUGUUCUCAUUGGAUCAGGAGGAGGGGAUGGGAGUGAUGCCCACGUCAAAGAACUGGUGAAUAUCGUCGAAGAAAUAUUAGCGUCGCCCGAUAACAAUGACAUUGGUAGCGACCUUGUCUUGGAGCGUCUUGAGGGUGGAGCUAUCUCCGGCUGUGGUCCCUGUGUGCCUCUUUUAACGGUUGAAGAUGUCAAGGCCUCGAAGACUAUUGUUGGCCAAAUGGGCCCAGAGCCAUAUGUACGAGCCAUGUCUGCUCAUCCGGAUUUCGACAUCAUUAUCGGUGGCCGAUCUUACGAUCCAGCCCCGUAUGUUGCUUUCACCGCCUAUCAUGCAUUCAACCAACGCUACAGUCAAGUCCUUGCUCUGGAUAGCCACAUAUUGGGAGGUUUCACUCAUAUGGGCAAGAUAAUGGAAUGCGGCGGCCUAUGUGCUACACCUAAAAGUCCUUCAUGCCAGGCGACCAUCUACCGAGAUGGCACCUUUGAUGUGAAACCCCUUAUGCCCGGCGCUAUUUGUACUCCCACCACCGUCGCGGCACACACUCUAUAUGAAAAGUCUCGCCCUGAUCGACUUUAUGGGCCUGGCGGAUACAUUGACUUGUCCGCUUCCACGUAUUCGACGCUAUCUGACAAUCGCUCAGUGAGAGUCAGUGGAACUACCUUUCACUCGUCCAAGAAAAGCGGCGAAUGUUAUACAGUGAAAUUGGAAAGUGCCAAGAUUAUUGGAUAUCGAACGAUGUUCAUUGGAUCCUUCAUAGAUCCUAUCCUCAUUUCGCAGCUCGAUGCGCUUUUCCAUAGAGUGAAGGGCUAUGUGACUCAGCAACAUUCCCACAUCUCAGAAAAAUGGGAGCUGGGAUUCCAUACGUACGGAUACGACGAAACGAACAAAACCGCUCAUGUGGGCAAUGUCUUUCUUGUUGCAGAAGCACUCGCUGAAACACAAGCAACAGCUACCAGUAUUGCUUCUACUGCGAGGGUGGCAUGCAUUCAUGGGCCGUACAAAGGUCAGAAAGCAACAAGCGGCAACUUUGGCUUUGGAUUGGGAGGCAAAGGAGAAAUUGAGACAGGCCAAUGCGCGGAAUUCUCGAUUUAUCAUUUAAUGCAGCUGAAAGAAGGGGAAGAAGACGCUGUUGAAGUUGACCAGCUGAAUAAAGCCGCAAAGAAAAGUCUGUUCUCUUUUGAGGCUUUUCUUAUUGGGAAAGGAGAUCGUCUCCAGCGCUGCUCUUCACGGCUACAUAAUGACCUUGCUUCAAGCCUUGAAACUUUAUUUCCGCAGCUUACCAUAAGCCCUGCCUCUCCAACCACAGCCGAGGCCCCAUUCACCCUUCCCCAGACAAUCGGCGAAGCAGCAAAAGUAAUAAGAUCCAAAAAUGCGGGCCCUUACGAAAUUACGUUUGACAUCAUCUUCAACAAUAAAGAGACUUACGACCAUGUGAGAAACACCGGUAUUCUGACAACCGAAUUAAUUGCAAAGAUAUACAAUAUCUCUGUGGACGACAUAGUGUAUUGUGGGUUUUUCGACCAAGCUCUGGCAUUCAAGGCCACAAUUCCACGCAUGCGCAGCGGAAAGCUCGUUGCAUCGGGCGGCUUCAUGGAAGAUGACGUUCAUGGAUCACAGAAGUAUUUGCCUCUUAUGAGCUUGAAACUAGAUACUAUCUGA